CUUUGCAAGCCAAGAAUCGCGUAAUUUUCCGCGGAGAUCCGUGGAAUCGAUUUGGGUUCUUGGUUGCUGAUUUAGUGGUAGAUCCAUGUCUCGGUGCUUUCCGUACCCUCCUCCGGGGUACGAGAAGAACGGAAUCCGCGACGAAGCUCUGGUCGAGUCGAUUAAGAAACUGCAAAGAGAAGGAGAGAAAGCCAAGAAAGAGAGAAAUAAGGAGAAAAAGUGGGAAAAGAAAGAAAAAGAUAAGGCCAGAGAAAAUGGGGAGGCUGGAAAGGAGAAGCAGAGUCACAAGAAAAGGCACAGGGAGGAGGACCAAGAAAGUAAGAAAGGAAGGGAUCAUGACAAGAAAAGGAAGCUUGAAACAGAAAAUCUUGAGAGGAGCAACCUUACAGAGGAACAUGGGCAGCCGGUUGGUUCCCAGAAUUCUUCUGAUAGCACUGUUAACAGCAAUAAAAGGCGCAAUCCGUGCUCACCCGCCGAAAGCUGUCAUAACUCUGGAAGCAUCAUCCGGAUCCGGUUGCCUCUUCAAAGGCACAAAGAUCCCGAGAUAUUACCCAGCAAGGAACAGUCUUGCUCCGCCUCAGGAAGGACUCAUAAUGCCUUCGUUCAAGGGCGGCCAUCUGAACCUGCUUCUAGGCAAGGCAAAGAACAAGGAGAACAUCAUCCCUGUUCUACUUCAACGAGAAAUUUGAGCCAAGUAGCCAAAAAUUCCAGGCUCAGCAAAGAACACCGCUCCACAACCAAAUCUGUUGACCUUUCUCAGAAUUCCAGGCUCAUCAAAGAAAAUCACUGUUCCACAACCAAAUCUGUUGACCUUUCUCAGAAUUCGAGGCUCAUCAAAGAAAAACACUGCCCCACAACCAAAUCUGUUGACCUUUCUCAGAAUUCGAGGCUCAUCAAAGAAAAACACUGCCCCACAACCAAAUCUGUUGACAUUUCUCACAAGGCUGAAUCGAUUCCUAUGCUGAGUACAUCACCUCACUUUCCUCCUCUUCCGCCGAUGGUAUCUCAGUACAGAGAUCUAUUCGAGAACUGGGUUCCACCUCCUAUGCAAGAUGAUUGCAUGGAACUUGGUGUCGAGACAUGGCUAUUCAAGUCAAAACAGGACCAUAAAAAUGGGGUGGAAAGAUGCAAGGAUGGCGGUGACAUCUUGAGCCAUGAACCCUCAACUCUUUGGCCACGGGCACACUAUUUGCCCUCGGUGGAUAUUUUUGCUUUGCCUUAUGCAGUUCCAUUGUAAGGUUGUGCUUGUGCAAUGGAAGAAACAAAUACAAUUGAGGAGCUUGAUUCGAGCACCAAUGAGCUCGUGUAUGCCCAUGUUUUCUGGUGGAGUCUGUUCUGAUGUUGGUGGAGCGACUCAAAUUUCCGGAGGACUGUGGGGGCUACAAAUAGGCUGAUGCUUGAUUGAGAUUGGGAUGGGAAAGCAUAUUCGAUUUUGUGGGUUGAUAAUAUAUUUGAUGUAUGACACAGAUUCAAUUCUUUUAUAAAUGAAAAUCAUCAGAUUCCAGUAA